ACCUCCUUCCUGAGGUUUUCAGCUUAGCUUGGCUUGGCUUGAUACUUCUAGUCUUGGUAGGCAAUUGCAACUCGUCUGAGCUGGACCUCUUUCCAUCUUACAAACAAAGACAACCUUGAAUUCUAUCUGACUGGUUAUUCUGAACUCCAUCUCUCUUAAAACAUCAAUAUUUCGACUUGUCGAUAACAUCACAUCAUGCCAAUCGAAUCGCGAUUUUCGGUGUCGGUUCCUAAUUGCUCGAUUCAACAAUGGAUAUUUGGCUCGCCUUCAGGGCCAUUACCAGAUCAGAAGGCUUUCAUCGAUGCUGACAACCCUGAGCAACGUUAUUUCACCUACAGCCAAGCUCGAUUAUUUGCGAAGCGUAUCGCCGUCGGUCUUAUCAACAAUGGUCUUAAGCCAGGCGAUCGUGUUCUCCUCUUCGCUAGUAACAGCUUAUUCUUCCCGACCAUUGUGAUGGGCAUUUGGAUGGCCGGGGGUAUAUUCACAGGAGCUAACCCUGGGUAUGUCAGUCGAGAGUUGGCCCAUCAACUUCAAGAUAGCGAGGCAUCGUUCGUCGUUGCCGCGGAGGGUGGCAUGGAAGUGGUAUUGGCUGCUGCCUCACAGGUUGGUAUGAAAGCUUCACAAGUAUUUUUGUUGGAUUCGACAUGGCCAGAUUCACCUGUUGAGACACAACCUAGAGAAGGCAGUCGACACUGGACAGAGCUCAUUGCAUCCAGGCCAGAGGGUGAGAGAUUCGAGUGGACUGAGCCAAAUGAUUCUAAUGACUCUGUCUGCUCUCUCAACUACAGCUCAGGCACUACUGGAAUACCGAAAGGUGUCGAGAUCUCACAUUACAAUCAUGUUGCGAAUAGCUGCGGUGUGACUCUUUUCCAUAAACUCCAUCCCGACUACGAAGCUCGCCGUCAACGUGCUGCUGCCUUGUGUUUCCUCCCCAUGUAUCACGCCUUUAGUCAAGGCUACUUCAUCACCAGCUUCCCUUGUGAGCGAGUUCCUGUAUAUAUCAUGCCUUCUUUUGAUUUCCCUAAGAUGCUCGCACAUAUUCAGAAUUUUCGCAUCACGAAGCUUCUGGCCGUUCCCCCUAUUCUUGUCCUUAUGUCGAAACACCCACUUGCACGCCGUGCCGACAUGAGUAGCAUCGACAUGAUUGCAUCCGGUGCUGCCCCAUUAGCGAAGGAUACACAACGCGAGAUAGCCGGGAUGAUACCUGGGGGCGAGUCAGUAGUACGGCAAGGUUGGGGGAUGACUGAAGCAACCUGCACCGCAUUAUCGUGGGACCCUAACAAAGCUCCCAGCUCUGCGGCUGGUGAGCUGACGCCAGAUUCCAAGGCCAGGUUGAUCCAUAUCGAAACUGGAGAGGAAAUUACGGCUGCAAACACCCCAGGAGAACUCUGGAUCACGGGUCCUACAGUGAUGCGUGGCUACUGGAGAAACCCAAGUGCAACCCAAGGCGCAUUUGUUACUGACUCUGAGGGCACUCGAUGGCUUCGUACCGGGGACGUUGCAUAUGUGGAGGAAUACGCAAAAGGAUCUCUCUUUCAUAUCGUGGAUCGCGUCAAGGAGUUGAUCAAAGUUAAAGGCAUGCAAGUUGCUCCAGCUGAACUCGAGUCUCUCCUACUUGAACGAGAAGAUAUUGCAGACGCUGCAGUUGUUGGGGUCAUGGUCAACGGUGAGGAGCUCCCACGAGCUUAUGUCGUCAAAUCAACAAACGCAAAAGACACAUCUGAAAAAGACAUCACAGACUGGCUGGCUAGUCGUGUUGUCAAAUACAAACAACUUAAGGGGGGAGUGGUCUUCGUCGACGCUAUUCCCAAAGUUCCUUCGGGCAAGAUCUUGCGUAAGGUUCUUCGUGAGCGAGCAAAACGCGAAGUUAGCAACGGCCUUGAGGUGCGCGCCAAGCUGUAGGUCAGCGGCGGCGACAGGCGCGCAAGCUAAUAUAUUGCAUCACUUCGCAAAUCAUAGACUUCUUUACGUAUGCGAUGGUCUGUGAAGUAUGGGCAAGUUGAUAAAUAAGGUAUGUCACGCUUGGUGACAAAAGAAUUCGCCUUUCUAGGACCAGACUGAGCAGAGUUUACAUGUAUCAAUACGUUUGCAUAAAAUUCUUAGUGUAAGGGAGGCUGUCUCAACAAGCA